CGGAAUGACACUUGACAGAUGAAAGUUAUAAACUGUCAAAAACUAUGCUAGAUAACCUAAAAGUACAUAAAACCGGAAAAUAAAAAUAUAAAAACAAAUUAUAGAAUGCGGUUACUGGGGACAGCACAAAAAAUAUACUCCAGCGUAAAUCAUUGUUUUAAUUAUAGAAACAAAGUUUUCUUCUCUUCAUCCGCAUAUGACAUAAAUCUGACUGUUCGAGGGGUGUCCCUACAAAACUACAUUAAACAACUAGAACAAGAAUAUGAAGACGCUUCUAAGGGAAACAAUUUUGCACUUAAAACUAGAGUUCACGAGUUGCAACCUCUAAUUCAAAUCCUACAAGAACGAAAAGCCAUUGUUGACAACAUAACCAAUUUGCAAGAUUUACUAAAUGAAAAGGACGACGAUAUUAAAAAACUGGCGGAAGAAGAAAAGGUAACAUUUGAAAAGACACUUGCAACAGUUGACGAAAAACUGCUAGAUGCUGUUUUGCCCCCAGAUAAAGAUGAUGAAUGUCGCUCGAUGGUUUUAGAAGUAAAUGCAGGGGUGGGUGGUCAGGAAGCUAUGCUCUUUGCGAGUGAAUUGUUUGAGAUGUACUCUACGUUUGCUGAACAUCAAGGCUGGGAGACUCAAAUUGCUGAUUAUACAACAACUGAUUUAGGUGGUAUUAGGCAUGGAAGUCUCCUAAUCAACGGCAGUGAUGUAUUUCGCUAUUUUAAACAUGAAGCUGGUGUUCACAGGGUGCAAAGAAUACCCACAACGGAGAAGGCGGGUCGAAUUCACACUAGCACAGUUUCAGUGCUCGCUCUUCCACAACCGUCUGAAAUAGAUAUUAGUAUAGAAAACAAAGAUUUGAAAAUUGAGACCAAGAGGGCGAGCGGUGCUGGAGGUCAGCAUGUCAAUACUACAGACAGUGCAGUGCGAAUCACUCAUCUACCAACUGGGAUAAGUGUGGAGUGCCAAGUAGAUCGGUCUCAAAUAAAAAACAGACAGAUAGCUAUGAUCAAAUUGCGGGCGUUACUCUACCAGAGAGAAAUGGAAAGUCAAGUGGAAAAAAGCCAGACUAUGAGAAAAAGUCAAGUCAGGUCUAACUUUAGGAACGAAAAAAUUAGGACUUACAAUUUUCCACAAGAUAGGGUAACAGAUCAUCGAUUGCAGGGUUGUACUGUACAUAACCUCAGAGGGUUUUUGCAAGGAAAUGAUGCCUUAAGGGACUUAAUAAAUAAACUGGAUUAUAACCUGAAAGUGGAAACUUUGUUGAGUUUUGUAGAUAAUAAGCAGAAAUAAAUUUUAUUUAAUGUUGCAUAA